AUGUCUUCUGCUGCUAUUGCUAAGCAAGCUGGUAUUUCCUUAAACAAGUCUAUGGCCAUUGCGGCCAGAGCUGUCAGAGCUGCUUUGAAGCCCGAAUUCAAGAUUGCUGCUGAAAAGAGAGGUGUGUCUGAAGCCAAGGUUGUUUCCUUUGAGAAUGGUGCUGCUGGAGAAGUUAAGCCUUUACAAGGAUAA